ACAUUCAGUGUGAAGAGCGAGACUCUUGGUCCUUGUUUUUCUGCGUAGAUUUACUUUGCUCAGAGACGUUUGAGAGGAAGAGAGAAAAUGGCACAAUACGAGGGGCAGUACGGUGACUCUGACAUUCGCCGCCAGAACAACGAGUACGGCAACACUAUCCGCCAGACCGACGAGUUAGGAAACCCGGUCCAGCAGACCGGAUACGUAACAGGUGUUCACAGCACCGGAACCGGCGGCACAGCUGGGGUGACAGGCGGCCUCGGUUAUGGCGGAGACCAGCAGCAGCAGCUGAGAGACGAACGUCGUGGAGGUGGCGGUGGUGGAGUGCUCCAGCGCUCCGGAAGCUCCGGUUCUAGCUCCUCGGAAGAUGAUGGUCAAGGCGGGAGGAGGAAGAAGGGGAUCAAGGAGAAGAUAAAGGAGAAGAUUCCGGGGAUUGGCAGCAACGAUGAGCAGCAGCAGCAGCAGCAGGCGGGGUCGUACCCAACAUCCACCGCCGCGAGCGGAGGCUAUGGGGCUGAGCUGGGGCAGCAGCAGGAGAAGAAGGGGAUGAUGGACAAGAUCAAGGAGAAACUGCCCGGACACCAUUAGAUAUAA